CGUCACGUACGGGAUCAUUAGCCGGAUAUCCUUAGUCCUGCUGGCAAACCCUCUCUGAUAGCGGUGAUCCUCGUGCCUGACAUCAUUAUCCUGGGAUGCUGUGCAGCGCCAGCGCGGUUCGGCCAUCCUUCCGAGCUGCCCCCGUCGUCGUUUCGGUGCGGUCCUUCGCGUUUUUCCCGUUUCCGCCGACGGUUCGAGAACUCCGCGACCCUUUCGACCGGUCGUUUCGAUGAUGUCGUUGGACGCGUGACGCCGGUCCACGGGGCUCCUCCGUCUGACGGACUUGUGACCGAGUGGUGCAGUGACACGAGUGUCGCCCGGGGAAAACCGAUCCUGAGAGAUCGCUUCGAUAACAAUGGGACUCGCAUGACAGUGUCCGGCAUCGGUCUAGCGAGGGAUAAAUAUAACCGUGACAGUUGACUCCGGACUUUUUUCCGUGAAGUUUAGUUGACUCGUUGGGAGUUCAGUUACCGAAAGGAUCGUCGCUGACGAUGGAGUCGUGCGAUCCGUCGGGACGCCUCACCGUCGAUGACCUGUCGGACUGCAGGAGCGACAGCAGCCACUCCGAGACCCAGUUGAGAGCGUUCCAGGACUACGAACGCGUGAAGGAGUUGAACCUUUCCGUGGGCAAGUCGAAGGAGGACACGUCGGAGCCGAAGGACUUUCACUUGGGCUUGGACCCCGGCAGGACCUCCAUCCGCUUCGAGGAGUUCGAGACCACCGCGAGGAAUCUCCCGAUGACGCUCAACAAAGGCAAGGACUUCGGCUACAUAGCGAACAGUCUGAACGAAAUGGGCUACCCGUUGGACAGAUCCAGCGAGAACGACGAGUCGAUGGACACCACGAGCCUCUGCAGGUCCAAGAAUCCGACGGCCAAGGAUCUCCUGUUCAAUUUCCGCGAGGGCAGACAGAAGAACGUUCACGCUGCACUGGCGCUGGACAGGUACAGCAAGGACCUCGGUUUCGCGGUGUCCGAGAAGGACAUCAAGGAUUUCGGGUUGCUGAAGAAUUACAGCUUGGAUCGGAUGAAGGAGUUCAGUCUUUCGUUGGACAGAACGAGGGACGGUCACAUCGGGAACUUCGCUCUCGAAAGACUGCGCGGAGGCGCUGGGAUGCUGGACAGUCCUCCCGUUUUGGAGCACAACGAGUUCAAGAACGUUCAAGUGCAGCCCAGGAGUCAGAAUCUCGAGGCGAUCGCGUUGGACCGCAUGAGACGUUCCCAUCUGCUUGGCACCGAUCUGUCAGCACAGAAUCUAUCCUCGCACCUCCCUCAUCCGCACUCCAUCACUCAGAUGCAGCACUCGCAGCAGCAACAGCAACAACAAGCCAAGUCCUUCACUAUAGACGCGAUCCUCGGGCUGAGGAACAAUCCCAGGGAGAAACGCAGCCAGCAGCAACAGUACAAGAAGCAUCAGGGCCAGGAAGGGGGAACGAAGAACAGUGGCUCGAGCUCCUGUUCCAGCGGUAGUGGUAAGCUGAAGAGGGUGCGAACGAUCUUCACUGCCGAGCAACUGGAGCGGCUGGAGGGUGAAUUCGCGCGUCAACAGUACAUGGUGGGCCCGGAACGUCUGUACCUGGCGCACGCACUGAGGCUGACGGAGGCCCAAGUGAAGGUCUGGUUCCAGAACCGACGGAUCAAGUGGCGGAAGCACCACCACGAGCAGCAGAGCCAGAGGGUGCACGAGUUCCAGCGCACGCUGACCUCCUCGCUGGAGCACGAGGACAGCAACGAAACCGACAAAUGGUGAAAGGAUUUC